CUAAGUUUUAUGAAAACUCUGUCAGACAGGACUAAUGGAGAUACACAUGUCAAGGUCACUGUUAUAUCAGAGAGUGAUGGGAAGGUACUCCAUCGCUUCAAACGUGGUUGGAUGUGGAAUCAUUUCUUUCUUCUGGAGGAGUACACAGGCUCUGAUUAUCAGUAUGUUGGCAAGCUGCAUUCUGAUCAAGAUAGAGGAGAUGGAAGUGUAAAAUAUGUCCUUUCUGGAGACGGGGCCGGUUCCUUGUUUCUUAUUGAUGAGAAUUCAGGUGACAUUCAUGCUACAAAGCGACUGGAUAGAGAAGAAAAGGCUUACUACACACUCCGUGCUCAAGCAGUAAACAAGAGGACAGGCAGACCACUGGAACCAGAAUCUGAGUUUGUGAUUAAAAUCCAUGACAUUGAUGGACACAGUGAUAAUUUCCUCUUAAUAUUAUUUCACAUUUUUGUUUUGAUAGGUACUUUUGUUGUACAGGUUACAGCAAGUGAUGCUGAUGAUGCUAGCUAUGGGAAUAGUGCUAAACUUGUGUACAGUAUUCUCCAGGGACAGCCAUACUUUUCUGUUGAACCUGCAACAGGUAUUAUUAGAACAGCUUUACCAAACAUGAACAGAGAGAACAAGGAAAAAUAUCAAGUGGUCAUCCAGGCCAAGGACAUGGCUGGACAGAUGGGUGGAUUAUCAGGGACUGCGACAGUGAACAUCACCCUCACUGAUGUGAAUGACAACCCACCCAGAUUCAUUCAGAGUACCUAUCAACUUAGCACAUCAGAAUCUGCUGAUAUAGGAUCAUCAAUUGGCAGGAUUAAAGCGAAUGAUGCUGAUAUUGGUAAAAAUGCUGACAUUCAGUAUAGUAUCAUUGGUGGGGAUGGAAUGGAUGUGUUUAAUAUUGUGACUGACAGAGCCACAGGAGAAGGUGUUAUAACCAUAAAAAAGCAUUUGGAUUUUGAAAACAAAAGGAUACACACAUUAAAAGUUGAGGCUGCUAACACUCACCUUGACCAUCGAUUCCUUCACCUCGGUCCAUUUAAAGACACGGCAACAGUAAGGAUCACAGUUCAGGAUGUGGAUGAGCCCCCAGUUUUUAGCAGACCCUCCUAUGUCAUAGAAAUACAUGAAGAUAACAAUUCUGGUAGUAUCAUGGGAGCAGUUACAGCCUGGGACCCUGAUGCUGCUAACAACCCAGUGAGGUAUUCUGUAGAUCGACAUACAGAUAUGGACCGAAUUUUCACUAUUGACUCUACGAAUGGCUCAAUUUCCAUAUUAAAACACCUUGAUCGAGAAACAUUGUCAUGGCACAAUAUUUCAGUUAUUGCCACUGAAAUAAGUAAUCGCAAGCAGACCAGUCGUGUUCCAGUUUUCAUUAAGGUUUUGGAUGUAAAUGACAAUGCUCCAGAAUUUGCAAUGUUUUAUGAGACAUUUGUUUGUGAAAAUGUAAAAGCCGGACAGUUGAUCCAGACCAUAAGUGCAGUGGAUACAGAUGAACCACUUGUUGGGCACAAAUUCUUCUUCAGUUUAAAUACUUUGAAUCCAAACUUUACAAUCAAUGACAAUGAAGAUAACACCGCCAGCAUUUUGACAAAAAGAGGUGGAUUCAGUCGACAUGAAACGAAUACCUACCUUUUGUCAGUUGUAAUAUCUGACAAUGACUAUCCUAUUCAGAGCAGUACAAGCACACUGACUAUCAGGGUAUGUGCCUGUGACAGCAGAGGCAACAUGCAGUCUUGUAACGCUGAAGCUCUGAUCUUUCCUGCUGGUCUCAGCACUGGAGCUCUUAUUGCCAUUCUCCUCUGUAUAAUUAUUCUUCUCAUUAUAGUGGUGCUGUUUGCUGCCCUAAGGAGGCAGAAGAAAAAGGAGCCUCUGAUCAUUUCCAAAGAGGACGUCAGAGACAACAUUGUCAGCUACAAUGAUGAAGGAGGAGGAGAAGAGGACACACAGGCCUUUGAUAUUGGAACACUAAGGAAUCCAAAAGUAAAGGACGCAAACAAGUUGCGGAGGGAUAUAAUACCAGAAAUGCUGUUCCCCUUUCGCAGGACAUCACCUAUUAAGGAUAAUGGAGAUGUUAGAGAUUUCAUUAACCACAGGUUAGAAGAAAAUGAUACUGAUCCAACUGCACCACCUUAUGACUCGCUUGCAACAUAUGCUUAUGAAGGAAAUGGAUCCUUAGCAGAGUCUUUAAGCUCAGUAGAGUCAGCAGCAACAGAUGGUGACCAAGAGUAUGAUUACCUUAGUAACUGGGGACCACAGUUUAAAAAACUAGCGGAUAUGUAUAUUGGAAAAGACAGUGACAAAGACUAUUAGUUUAAAUGUGAAAAUAACAAAGUGAAGUGUUAUUUGAAAACUGUUAGAAAAAAUAUUGUUUAUAUUGUUCAACAAGAAACCCAUUUUUCACUUUCUCAUUUUUUUUAAACUAAUGGUUUAUUUGAAUGGUUUAGGACUUUUGUGAACAUGCUGUGGAAAAUGUGUUUUGUAUCUAAAAGAAGAAAGGUAGUCGUAUUAUAUACUGGUUUUUAAGAAAAAAAAUACACCAUUCUUUUAAUCAAA